CGCAUCUCGCCAUCCCUCAAUGAUAAGUCCUCGUUCCCCUGCUAUUGCUCUAUGCAAGUCCUUAGGCGCCGUUUGGAAAAACAGCUUAUUCCCGAAACGCCGGGGCCUGCUCACUCUUGCAAUCGAAUCAUCCUGUGAUGAUACAUCAAUUGCAAUUGUUGAGAAGAAUGGACGCUCUGCGGCAAGCUCUGCGACGAUUCAUUUCCUUGAUAAGGUGACAGCCGACUCGAGAGAGUAUCGUGGAAUACACCCGAUCCUUGCCCUUGAAUCACACCAAAGGAACCUUGCAAAACUGAUCGAUAAAUCUUUGAAACACCUACCAUUCCCAGUGCAAGAUGGGAAUGAUGAUACCGGGACAGUGAAGUUGAUGAAUGACUCCCGACCGCGCCGCCGACCAGACUUCAUAUCCGCCACAAGAGGACCUGGGAUGCGGUCGAACCUGUCUGUUGGUCUGGAUACCGGGAAGGGACUGGCUGUUGCAUGGCAGAUACCAUUUGUUGGAGUCCAUCAUAUGCAAGCGCAUUUACUCACUCCACGAUUAGUGUCGUCCUUGACACCGAACAAAGAUGCCGGCUCGACGCAAGCCGGCGCUACUACGCCCGAGUUUCCAUUCCUUUCAAUUCUCGUUUCUGGCGGUCAUUCUAUUUUGGUUCAUUCGACGUCUAUUAUCGAUCACGAGAUUAUGGCAUCGACAGCCGAUAUUGCCAUCGGGGAAUCCCUGGAUAAGGCCGCCCGAGAAAUCCUCCCCGGCUCUUUGCUCCAUAAUGCCAAAAAUACCAUGUACGGAAGACUACUAGAGGAAUUUGCCUUCCCCAAUGGCAAGACGGAUUACGCUGAUUACCGGCCCCCAAUGACCCGUGGCGAGGAACAAAUCAAACGCGAAAGCCCGUGGGGUUGGUCCAUCACCACACCCUUUGCCAACACACGGAAUCUGCAAUUCAGCUUCUCCUCCAUAGCCAGCGCAGUGACGAAGUUUGUAUUAGAGAAAGAAAAAUUUGGCGGGGACAUGUCUAUUGAAGAGCGUGUUGCGCUCGCCCGCGAAGCCAUGCGCGUUUGUUUCGAACAUCUUGCCUCUCGCACGAUCAUCGCGCUUGAGUCCCUCCGAUCCAGGAAUCCCAAGACCGGGGAUCUCCCGGUUAGAACCCUAGUGGUCAGUGGUGGUGUCGCCGCAAACCAAUUCCUCAUGUCUAUUCUCCGGUCGUUCCUUGAUGUUCGCGGCUUUGGACGUGUGGACAUCAUUGCGCCCCCUCCCUCUUUAUGCACUGAUAAUGCGGCCAUGAUCGGAUGGGCUGGGAUUGAAAUGUUCGAAGCGGGGUGGCAUACGGAUCUUAGUUGUCGGGCUCUGAGGAAGUGGACUCUUGAUCCACGCGCUCAUGAUGGUGGGAUUCUUGGUCCUGAUGGAUGGACCAGACUGUAG